UCGGGGCCACCGCCCCUCCUGGGCCCGCCCUUCUUCCCUCCCUCCUUGGCUUUCCCGGCCCGCCCUGCCCGGCCCGCCCUGCGAGUCAGUUCGCUAGUUCCCUCCCUCCCCCGGCGCGCUCCGGCCGCUGCAGCGCUCCCCGCCCUCGAGCCUUGGUGCCGGAGUCGUCCGCCGCCCGAGGAGGAGGUGGAGGGAGCCAGAGGGGCCCGCCGAGGCGGCGGCGGCGGCGGCAAGAUGGCGGACUUCCUGCCGUCGCGGUCCGUGCUGUCCGUGUGCUUCCCCGGCUGCGUGCUGACGAGCAGCGAGGCCGAGCAGCAGCGCAAGUCCAAGGAGAUCGACAAAUGCCUUUCUCGGGAGAAGACCUACGUGAAGCGGCUCGUGAAGAUCCUGCUGCUGGGCGCGGGCGAGAGCGGCAAGUCCACCUUCCUGAAGCAGAUGCGGAUCAUCCACGGGCAGGACUUCGACCAGCGCGCGCGCGAGGAGUUCCGCCCCACCAUCUACAGCAACGUGAUCAAAGGUAUGAGGGUGCUGGUAGAUGCAAGAGAGAAGCUUCAUAUUCCUUGGGGAGAUAACUCAAACCAGUUCAAUGGAGACAAGAUGAUGUCGUUUGAUACCCGUUCCCCCUUGGCGGCCCAAGGAAUGGUGGAAACUCAAGUUUUUUUGCAAUAUCUUCCUGCUAUAAGAGCAUUGUGGGCAGACAGCGGCAUACAGAAUGCCUAUGACCGACGUCGAGAAUUUCAACUGGGUGAAUCUGUAAAAUAUUUCCUGGAUAACUUGGAUAAACUUGGAGAACCAGAUUACAUUCCAUCACAGCAAGAUAUUCUGCUUGCCAGAAGGCCCACCAAAGGCAUUCAUGAGUACGACUUUGAAAUUAAAAAUGUUCCUUUUAAAAUGGUUGAUGUAGGUGGUCAAAGAUCAGAAAGAAAACGUUGGUUUGAAUGCUUCGACAGUGUAACAUCAAUACUUUUCCUUGUUUCCUCAAGUGAAUUUGACCAGGUGCUUAUGGAAGACCGACUGACCAAUCGCCUUACAGAAUCUCUGAACAUUUUUGAAACAAUCGUCAAUAACCGGGUUUUCAGCAAUGUCUCCAUAAUUCUCUUCUUGAACAAGACAGAUUUGCUUGAGGAGAAAGUGCAAAUUGUAAGCAUCAAAGACUAUUUCUUAGAGUUUGAAGGGGAUCCCCACUGCUUAAGAGACGUCCAAAAAUUCCUGGUGGAGUGUUUCCGUAACAAACGCCGGGACCAGCAGCAGAAGCCCUUGUACCACCACUUCACCACUGCUAUCAACACGGAAAACAUCCGCCUGGUUUUCCGUGACGUGAAGGAUACUAUUCUGCAUGACAACCUCAAGCAGCUUAUGCUACAGUGAUGUACAAAAGACUUGCUGUUUUAAUAGCUUUGUGUCUUUUUGAUUGUUUUCUGUUUGUUUUGUUUUUUUUAAAUAGUUUACAACAAGAAUUAGAAAAAUUUUGAUUCUCUGUUUAAGUUCUUGGAACUCUUAGUCCUCCUUCUGCGGACUUGGGUUUGUGGCUGAAAGCUGCUGAAUAAAACAUCGCUAGUAUCUGCUGAAGUUCAGGCUUUGAUCUGUUUCGCUGUGGCUUCCAUUGGAGCGAAGUUGUAAUUUCCUGCCAAACCUCAAAUGAGGUAUAUUUCAGGCUUUAAAUUCUUCUACUUUCAAACUGAAUUCUGUAGUGCCAAGUAGAGAAGGUGUCCUUAAAUAUUUGUAGGUAUGAGGCUAAGAAUAUUCAGUUCUGAAACAAGUAAGACACCUUCUGCCUGCCCAACACAAAGCACCGACACCUGUGCCUGGCUUUAUGACAGUCUGUUUUGAAGUAGCUGUUGGAAAAAAAUUUGAUCUGAGUAAUGAUAUUCUAUAGAUUUACACAGAUUUAGGCUUCAUGUAUCUUUAAUUACUUAUGUGCACAACAUUUUUUUUUUUUUUUUUCAGUUUCUGUGGUUCUAGUGUUUUAAAGUUUACAUGGAGAUUUCUGGUGUGAUGCUAAUGAAAGUUCACAAAUGGUACGGGGGAGCAAAAGGCAAGCAAGUGCCAUGUAUAGUAUGUUGAUCAAAGUUAUGAGUGGAAUAUAAUUUAUCCUUUUCAUAUUUAAAUAUCAUAAUAAAAGUGCCGGAUGUGUGAAACAUUGUGGCCAUAGCAGUAACUAAAAAUUGCAAACAACUUAACAGAACUUUCCAUAAAACACCCUUCCCAGAAUGUUACGUGUUUUACUCUUAGACUUGUAAACCCUGUCUCAGAUGAUUUGUGGCCCUAGCUGUAGGAAAUCAUUGUUGUACCGUCACAAACAUCUUUCUUUUGCUCUCCUAUUUCCAUCAACUCAGACAAGUGGCAUUUAUGAGAUUUUUUUGUUCAUUUGUGGCAAUGGCAGUAUUUUCAUGUCAAACUAUUCAAAACGGUAUUAUUUCAGAUUCCUUUUCAUCCUUGUUUAUUACUAAAAACACAGUAUACGCAUGUUUAUAUCAUUGUUUAAGAAAUCCCAGCUUUAUUGAGAUACAGCUUGAAUGUUAAGGAUACUCACACCGAAAUAUAAUUGCAUCUGACCUCCCUCCACUUGUCAAAUGAAAACGUACCCGAGGUAGCUUUGUGAUUACAGCACACUCACGGCAAACUCUUCACAGUGGCUGGUUUGCGGGACUGAAAAUGCUGGCUUGCAGGUUAUGUGCAGUGUUAGAACUGGGUGAGAGAAACAGAUGUACAAGGCUGAGGCGGUUUGGAAAGUCUGGCAGCUUUUCUCUUUUUCCUGAAAAUUGUGAUUAAGACUGUGAUAGCCAUCACUUUACUGUAUAGCUCACCAGGUUCUCAGGUAUUUUCUUGGCUAGAAAGUUCUUGAAAGAUGGGUCAACAUUAUUGGGCACCCACGCUUUCUAAGACAGUGGCUCUUGGUCUGUCUUGCUGUCUAGUAUGAGACUACGGCUUUUCAGUGAGCUAACCAGGGAUUGCUCUUAACAUGCCUGAUUUUGCAUUUGGAGUUUCAUCCUUCAUCAAGAUGUCCGUAGUCACCUCCAGUGUUUCAUGCUUUGGAGUACACAACCUCCAGAGCUGUCUCCCACGUGAUAGUGCGGAUGUUCAUAGUAUAGUUCAUGCAUGUUUAAAUAGUUUUUCAUCUAGUGCUUCUUGCCAAAAGAAUACUUUGUUUAAACUCACAGAAUUAGAAUCAUUUCAGUGCUAGCGAAUAUCUGAAUGUGUGCACAGUAGCAUUUGGGCUUUUUGGUAGAAAGUCUCAGUGCAUUUAGCAAGUAGUUUUAUGGAACAGCCAAACCAUUAAUUCCACGGAGACUGAGGUAAGUUCCCCGUGUAAAGAGGAAACUGAGUCUAUUUGUGCUAUAUUUAUGUUUAGUGAUGUGAACCAUAAAUACUGCCUGACAAAGCAGAAAUCACAUUUCCCCGUGUUGACUAACACCAAGAAAUGUUGAAACACUUAAUAGAUAUGGUAUUACUUUGGGCAUUUGUGAUUUUCUUUCCUGAUGGUUGUGGUGUCUCUGCCAACAUCCUCAUAUAGUAAAGUCUAGAAUAUACUUUGAGGCAGUAAUUAUUUUUAAUGGCAGGCUUGAUUAGAUAUAGAACUGUGAAGUUCAAUCUGAAUGCAUUAGUCCACACUUUAUAUACUGCAUUUUUAAACCAUUUGAUGGAGUCGUUAUGUCUGUAUCCUGAAAACCAAAUCCUUUUGAAAGACCACUCUAUGAAGGGGCAGGUGAAAUUUAGUGAACAAAACGGAGAGGGCGCUCAUAGUUUUUGCUAUGCUCAUUUUCUCCCGAUCUCUAACAAAGUAAUUGAAAUGGCAAGUUCUUUCACCUGUUACAUUUUCUGACUUUGUGAUUAUAAUUUUGAAUGAGAUGUGCCUAAUUCUCUUACAUUCUGUUCUUAAAUCUCAAUGUCUUCUUGUUUAAUUUGUAAGAAAUGUCACAAGUGUCUUUGUUGACCUUGAAAUUUAUAAUACACAGAGUUGCCUUACAAAUCAAAGACCACCGCUAAUUUGGGCCUUGAUUUUAUACAGGGAAAAGGCUGCAUUAGCUGUUUUCUGAAGGUCCAACGAAUUCAAGGUGUGCCUCUGCCACUUAAAUAUUAUUUUUAAUAACCUGAAUUGUUGUCUGCCAAAUAGUGUAUUGAUUUCACAUCUUCAUUUCAAUCUUUUUUCUUAAAGAUUUUAUUUAUUUUCAGAGGGGGAAAGGAAGGAGAGGGAGAGGGAGAGAAAUAUCAAUGUGUGGUUGCUUCUCACGCACCCCACUGGGGACCUGGCCUGCAACCCAGGCAUGUGCCCUGACUGGGAAUUGAACCAGUGACUCUUUCUUUGGCAGGCUCGUGCUCAACCCACUGAGCUACACCAGCCAGGGCCUUCAUUUCAAUCUUAUUAUCUAGAAGGGGCACUUUAUGGCUAGAGAGCAACCGCAACCCAAGAAGGCAACGUGGGGUGAAAAAAAGGUCAUUUGUUUUUGUUCUGUCGUUGGCACGUACUGAUAUUUUACAAAGUGGGGAGCCUCUGGUACAUCACUCAAGUGAGGUUGUUCCAGCAAAUCUUUGUUCAGUUGGUGGCAGUGGUUGGUUUAGAGAAGGAAAUAAGAUGACCUUAAUGCCAGAAAUGAGUAGAAGUACUGAUUCAGAUUUGACCGAAAUCAUAUGCCCUUUAAUUUUUGUUAAAAGGAAGGAGUAAAUCUCAACUGCAAAUGUAUACCCAAACACUUGUAUUUAUGCUUUUGAUAAAUGUCUUUUCAGCAUUAGUGCACAUACCCAAUUAUGCCUUAUUUAUAUGAAGAAAAAUCACCAAGUUAUAUUGUGAAACUCAAAUCACUGUUUGAGAAGCCCUCAAAUUGGUGCUUUCAUUAUAUAAUGACACAUUUAGCCAAAACCCCAAACCAAGCCAUUUGAAACAAGAUUCUCUCCAUUGCAAUUUGUAGCAAUGCUAUUUCUGUUUAUGUAAUGAGAAGACUAAAUAUCAGUGUUAACUCAAUUUGUUGUGUGACUCCAUGGAAUCGUGCCUGUAAAGUUCAGCCAAGUAUUUGUAACAAACUCCCUAAUAAAUCUAGAGAAAGUCACUCUGUUAUCUCUUAAUGUCUUUCACUUUUACUUGAAUCAGGACAGAAAUGUUGCAAGUGUCUUCUUAGGCUGGAGAUCUGACAGUGCUGGGUCCCUUUCCCUCUCCCGGCACAUCAGCAGGUUAAGUUCCAUCGGUCAUAGGUGGUGUGCUCGUGUCGAGCUGCUUGACUAACAAUACUGAUUUUUUUUAAUGUAGCACACAGGUUGGCUUUUUCUUCAGUAAACAUAGGAAGGGAGGGAUCGUAUGUGACUGGGUAUGUCUUUGUCUCCACGUUCCAAAUAAAGGAAAAGAUAUAGUAUAUACCCGUUAUUUUAUGGUACAAGGCUAGGGCUUGAUAAGUUUAUACUAGAAAUUGAAUUGUAAGUCUACACCCCAAAAUUUAAAACAAGUUGGACUUCAUGGUUUUUCAGCAAGUUGAUAACAGCCUUAGAAGGCUGGUGAGUGAUUAUUAACAUCUUACAGUGUUCGUACUGCUAGCAUUCUCAUGUCUGUACUUGAAUGUAUAGUUAGCAUGUAAAUACAUAUGUUCAUUCUUGUAUCAUCCAGGUCUAACCAUUGGAUUUCAAAUGCCAGAGCUUAUAUGGACCAAAAAGCGCUAAUGGUGGGGAGUAAUUUCUGGGCUGAUAGAGAUUUUGCAACCUAUCCAAAUCUGUCAGUGAUGAACAUUUCCAGCUGUAUUGAAGUAUUCUAGGACUCACUAUGCAUACAUUUUCAGUCAGUGCAUGUCGUCAGAGAAACGUGCUACUUCCUUGGUAUCUGAUUUGGGUUUGUAUUUAGAAAGCUCAUUAUAUUUCUUGGUGUAGUAAGGGAUGCGCUUGUCCUCAAGUAUGCCUGUUUGAUGGUACCAGGGGGGGAAAGCAGGGGGCGGGGGCGGGUAGAGCCGAUUUUUGGGGAAACAUGAUGCAACAAAGCAUAUGCCUUUUUUUUUUUUUUUUUUUUUUUUUACCUCUUACUUGAAAGCAAAAGCGCAAAAUGUUUUCACUGGCUUUCUGACCUAGACCGUGGGGAGAGCUCAUUUACCACAAGAAGCCUUAUCAAAAAGUAUAUUUUCUAACAACCUCAUAGAUACUGUACCUAACAAAACAUGCUUUGUAUUAGCUCUGUAUAAAAGUAUUUGUGGUUUAGGAUUUUUUAUACGUAUAUCUUUUUAUAACUUUCCAGGAACUAAGCACAUUAUCUGAUAUUGUAAAUUAUUUUCUGUUGGCUUUACUUCAGGAUUGGCAAUAAAUUAUUUCUAAAGGAAGUGGAAAGAACAGUUUGGUUUUAUGAGUUGCUAGUUCAUUAAGGCUUUUUACUUUUGUACAUAUUUUGCAAAAUUUUUGCCUCUUGCUAUUAUAUUUGCUUUGUAAAGAUUACUGACAUUUAAUAAACAUUUUUAAAACUUCA